AUGGAGGUAAUCUUUUCUGCUGUUAUGAAUGAGCUUGUGAGCAGAUCCAUAUCUUUCCUCGUGGACAUAUAUCUGAAACAGAAGGCAGCGCCAACCAAGGAGGAGAGACUCCGUAGCCUGCAACGACUGCUGCUACGGCUUCGCGUCAUUGUCGAUGAGGCAGAUGGUCGGCUCAUCACAAACCAGGCCAUGCUGCAUCAACUCAGCAUACUGAAAAAGGAGAUGUACAAGGGGUAUUACACCCUCGACGUCUUCAGUUGCCGAGCCCAUGGAGAAGACGUGAAAAAAGAUCGUAAAGUCCAUUACUUCUUUGCCCACUCUGAGUUCAACCCUGCCAAGCGUGUAUGUUUUUGCAAUGAAGAUGCAUCACAAGCUGAGCUUCUGGAGCAAGUUCUUGGCAGCAUAAGGGACAUCAUUAAAGAUAUGAGUGAAUUUGUCAUGCUUCUAUGCAAAUCCCCACGUUUAAACCGUCAACCAUACAACAUGUAUCUGCUACUGGGCAAGUGCAUGUUCGGACGCCAGAUGGAGAUGGAACAUAUCAUCAACUUCUUGUUGCAGGCAGAGAGGGCUCCUGAUGCGGCUGAAAAUCCGCCGUUUCUGCCGAUCAUCGGUCCCAUGGGAGUUGGAAAGAGCACCCUGAUCGAGCACGCUUGUGACAAUGAAAGGGUGCGCAACCACUUCUAUCAGAUUUUGUGUUUCAGUGACGAUGACCUUAAAGGUGCAACUUUAGAGAUCCUAAGAGACAGAGGGAGAAUCGAACAUCAAAACCGUGGCAUGGGCGGUGGAAGGACACUGAUCGUCGUUGAGCUAUUGUCGGAUAUUGAAAGGAAUGUAUGGAAAAGGUUGUAUUCAGCUGCAAGAAGUCACAUCGGGAGUGGCAGUAAGAUCAUAAUCGCGAGCCGAUCCGACAUGAUAGCAAGGUUUGGAACCACACAGCCCAUCAGAUUACAGUGCUUAAGUCAGGAAGCAUACUGGUAUUUCUUCAAGGUGUGUACUUUCGGAAGCACCAACUCGGAGGACCACCCAAAGCUCACAGCAGUUGCCAUGGACAUGGCCAGGCUGUUGAAUGGGUGCUUCAUGGGUGCAGCCAUCUUCACUGGUCUACUCAAAGCAAACUUUAACAUCUGCUUCUGGAAUAUGGCCCUUUCUAUCAUCAGGAAUAUCAACCGGAAGCAGGUCUUGAUGUAUGGGGUUGCUGAACCUUGGCAGCUAGCAGAGCCGGUAUAUGUUAGGAGAGCAAAUAAAACUUCUUCUGAAUGGUUUGUAAUUUUUGCUGACUGCCAGACAUCUUCUGCUGAAACUGAAGCUGAAGAUCCGGAGACGAUUAGCGUGCACGACUUUUACUUUGGAAAUGUUAGGCCUCGAGGAAAUUUCAAGGUCCAUGCUUGGACAUCUCACCUGCCCCCUCACUACAACUACAUGUUUCACUGUCGGAUAGAAGCGCUUCCAGAAGAGUAA